UGCAUGCGUUUCCUCGAUGAAGACGCUCUCUUUCCUUUUUUCGUCCUCAUUCACAUUCACAUUCACACACAUUUGCAUCAUUCUCAAUUCAUUGUUUACAAAGUUCAAGUCCCAGUAUGGCCUUGCCACAAGAGAUAGUCCAAAAAUUAGAACAGAUGCGGAUAUGUCUAUCAGAGCCAUCAGAAGAGGAUCAAGAUCAAGACUCCGUUGCAAACCUUGAUAACAAGUUGGGGCAAAUGUUUCUUAAUGGUUCUCACCCCAAUGGUGUAGCGGGUAGUCCUGGUUUUAGAUCCCGCAAGGAGGAUCUGCUACAGUCAUUGACCCAGCUGAGCAUCUCUACAAGUACUUUUACUACUCCUGCUCCUGCUCCUACCCCUACUCCUGCUCCUGUAUUUGCUUCUACCCUAACUCCUGUUCCAGCCACCACCGCUACUUCCACCGCUACCACUACUCGCUCUCUAUCGACGUCUCCACAUACUUCUCAUUAUAAAAAUAGUCAUAUUCUGGGGUAUUCGUCCUCGCGAUCGUCAACUGCCAGUCCUUCGUCUUCUCGUCCUGCUCCAUCUACGAACCCUAAAGGCCCCAUCUGUCCUUUUACUCUACCAGGCGGUAUCCCAUGCAGAAGCGGCACAUUUCCUAUAUGCGCUACUGGGCAUAUUGCCGAGUUUUUAGCUACAGCGAUGUUGUCUGAGGAUAUACCCCUGUUUGAUAACUUUCUUUGCGCAUUUCGAAUUUAUGUACGCUACUGCGUGGCUACCUACAAUGGCGGUAUCCACAGCAGUAACAGCAGUAGGAAAAGCGACAGGAGCCAUAACAAUAACGACAAUAGCAGAUCAUCAAGAAAUAGUAGGGAAGCUAGAACCUCUAGGCGGUCGGAUCCUUAUAGGAGAACUCAAAGUGUCAGCAGCAACAAAAGUUAUGAUAGCUUCGCCACAAUAUCCUGUCAAGGACAGAAAAAGUCUAUGGAAUUGGAACAAAAAAAGGACAAAAAGAUGGCCGGAAUGAUGACAGAAAUGGAACUAUCUUGAGUAAAGAAAGUGAUUGCUAAGGCCAUACCACCUAUUGGUGUUAUCAUAACUAUAUUCUUUUGUCAGCAAUGAGAAUAAAGGUCGCGCUUUGAUCACGCA